CGCAUCCAACUUCAUUGCUAUGUCGCUUAUCUCGAUUCUGUUUUAGUUUAGUGGAAGUAACAUUGUUUAUUUUUACUGCAAAAGAAUUGUUUUUCCACCAGAAUUAACAACAUUUCCAUCAUUCAAACAAUCAAAACACCAUGGCCAGCACAUCAAGACAUGACAUGUCCAACAAAGUGUGCUGCUAUGCACAUCCCGACUCACCUCUGAUUGAAGACUACCGUGCCGGCGACAUGAUAUGCUCCGAAUGUGGAUUAGUGGUUGGCGAUCGCGUCAUUGAUGUGGGCUCGGAAUGGCGUACUUUCAGUAACGAAAAGUCUGGUGUGGAUCCGUCUCGUGUUGGUGGUCCGGAGAAUCCGCUUUUGAGCGGUGGCGAUUUGUCAACGAUGAUUGGCCCAGGAACUGGACCGGCGUCAUUCGAUGCGUUUGGAACGGCAAAAUAUCAAAACAGACGUACGAUGAGCAGUUCGGAUCGGGCUCUUAUCGCUGCAUUCAAAGAAAUUUCUACAAUGGCCGACAGAAUCAAUCUGCCGAAGACGAUCGUUGACAGAGCAAACAAUUUAUUCAAACAGGUACACGACGGUAAAAACUUAAAGGGUCGAUCGAACGAUGCCAAGGCCUCUGCGUGUCUGUACAUUGCCUGCCGGCAAGAGGGCGUUCCGCGUACCUUCAAAGAAAUCUGUGCAAUCAGCAAGAUAAGUAAAAAGGAAAUCGGACGAUGUUUCAAGUUAACACUGAAUGCUCUCGCAACAUCGGUGGACUUGAUAACAACGGCAGACUUUAUGUCUCGUUUCUGUGCUAAUUUGGAUCUACCGAAUAUGGUGCAACGAGCUGCAACUCAUAUCGCUCGCAAAGCCGUCGAAAUGGACAUUGUGCCUGGUCGGUCGCCCAUUUCUGUGGCAGCAGCCGCCAUUUACAUGGCAUCACAGGCGUCCGAACACAAACGAAGCCAAAAGGAAAUUGGUGACAUUGCCGGUGUAGCUGAUGUUACCAUUCGUCAAUCGUACAAAUUAAUGUAUCCGCACGCUGACAAAUUGUUCCCCGAAGACUUUAAGUUCACCACGCCGAUUGAAAUGUUGCCGCAAAUGUAGAGAAUUGGAGAGAGGAAGAGAGGACGAGUGAUUUUCCGUUAUUCGAGUGUAAUGAGAGUAAAUUUACAGAUUUACAAUUCGUUUGUUAUCUAUAUCACGUAUACUAUACAGACGAAGAAGAACGUUAGUUGUGUAAUGGAUGUUUUGAUUUUUUUUUUGUUUCGAAGAAUGUGUUGCCACACAAUGCAACGAUAAAUUAGUUUAGGGCUUCUCUCUCAAGGACAUUGAUCCGUAAAUUAAUUUUGAAAUCGAAUUUUGAGAAGUGACAAAACAUUAAUCACUAGCUUAAGUACAAAUCCAUCGAGAUAAAUAUCAUCUUCUU